AUGGCCAGCAAGGAUAGUGGGCAGGCAUUUGCCCCGGUCCUAGCGGCCGUCGCGACAAUGCAAGGCAACGUGCCAAAGGCCGAGAAGCUGCAAGCCCAUGAAUUCCUGGAAAAGUUCCAGAAAUCUGUCGAAGCAUGGACAGCGACACACGCUUUAUUACAGUCAUCAGACACCCCGGUGGAAGCUAAACUAUUCGCAGCAACAACAUUGAAGGGAAAGAUUGUGUUCGAUUUGGACCAACUCCCCGAACUGUCCGUCGUGGCGCUGCGCGAUUCCAUACUCAACCUUCUUGUCUCUUACUCCGCCGGUCCACGCCCCAUUCAAACUCAGCUAUGUGUUUGCUUGGCAAGCCUGGCGAUUCAGAUGCUAUCUUGGAAAGACGUGUUGGUCACCGUGGGUUCGGUAUUGGGUAGCGCCUCGGGCGACUGUUUGCUGGAAUUUUUGAAAAUUCUGCCCGAGGAGGUAACGGAAGGUCGUAAGAUCAAUCUCAGUGAAGACGAAUUGAUUGAAAGAACGAGGGAACUACUGGAAGACAAUGCGGAACAGGUGUUGCAGCUGAUGAUUCAGUACUCCCAAUCUUCGCCCACUGCUGCGACCAACCCCCGUCUUUUGGACUGUAUCACCUCAUGGCUCCGCGAAAUCCCCGCCGCCCAAGUUGUCGAGUCACCUCUGAUGGAUGUUAUCUUGAAAUCAUUGGAAAAUGACGCAUCUUUUGACGAGGGUGUCGAUUGUAUGUGCACACUCUAUCGAGACACCAAGGAUACCACCGAGUCAAUCUCGGUCAUUCAAGCUCUCUAUCCACGAUUGAUGGCUCUUCGACCUAAGAUUCAUGAAACUGCCGAAGCGGAAGACUUGGAGGCUUUCAAGGGUAUCACACGACUGUUCGCGGAGGCAGGUGAGGCAUGGGCAGUUCUUAUCGCCCGGAUGCCAGUAGAAUUCCGAGGUCUGGUGGAGGCUGUUCUUGAGUGCAGUGCUCGGGAUUGGGAGCGUGAAGCAGUGUCCUUGACUUUUCUUUUCUGGUAUGAACUUAAGCAGUUCAUCACACUUGAACGCUAUGCCGAGGCCCGCGUGCAUUUCCAAGAUAUUUACUCGCAGCUGGUGGAUAUUAUGGUCAAACAUUUGGAAUUCCCCAGCCCCGAAGACGGAGAGACUGACUUAUUUGGCGGUGAUCGCGAGCAAGAAGAGAAGUUCCGUGGGUUCCGCCAUGCGAUGGGUGACGUGCUGAAGGACUGCUGCGCUGUUGUCGGUGUUAUCGACUGUCUUGCCAAGAUUUAUAACCUAAUCCAACAAUGGGUGGGCAAGUAUGCGGCGCAGGCCAGUGACGAUCAUGUUCCACACUGGCAAGAGCUGGAGGCACCCCUCUUUGGCUUGCGGGCCAUGGGUCGAAUGGUUGAUCCAGAAGAAAAUACUGUCUUGAGUCAGCUGAUUAGCCUGAUUGUACAGAUUCCCAAUCAGGAGAAGGUGCGGUUCCAGGCCAUCAUGGCCCUCGCUCGUUACACUGAGUGGACGGCAGUUCAUCCGGAGACUCUUGAGGCACAACUGAAUUACGUUAUCUCUGGCUUCCAUCACUCUUCGCCGGAAGUAGUUCAGGCGGCUGCACUUGCAUUCAAGUUCCUCGGAACCGACUGCCAGAAGCUACUAGGUGGCCAUAUUGGCCAGCUGCAUACCUUCUUCGAGUCCGUACUCGACAAAUUGAAGCCUACCAGUCAAGAAGAAGUGACAGAAGGUGUUGCGGCCGUAGUGGCUGUGCAGCCUCUAGAAAAGAUAUACGAAUCAUUCAAGAUGUUCUGCGAUCCCAUCAUGCAACGAAUCAUGACCCUGGCUGACAAGGCUCGCGAGGACGAAGAUACCCAGCGAGCGGUAGCCGACCACUUGGCUCUGAUCACAAUUUUCGUCCAAGUGGUGACUCCCAUUGUUUCCCCAGGCCAAGAAAAUCCUGCUGUGAAAUACUGUGGCGAGAUCCUGCCCAUAAUGACCACAAUUGUUCUGAAUUUCCCCAGCGCGACUCCCAUUUUAGAGCGCGUGUGCCGUUGCUGGCGCUACAUGAUUAUUUCCUACCGAACUGCCAUGAUUCCACUCCUACCAAUCCUAGCUCAAAGCAUUAGCGAUGGAUUUGCGGCAUCCCGUGAAGGUUGCUUCUUAUGGACCACUGACGCAGUUGUUCGUGAAUUCUCUGCUGGUGCUGAGUAUGUGGACCCGGCCACCAGCGAUGCUGUAUACCAAUUCUAUGAGCAGCAGGCAAUCGCCUUCCUCCGUAUUCUAAAUGAUUUGCCUCCUCAGAAUUUGCCCGAUGUCAUUGAGGAUUUUUUCCGGUUGUCGUCUGACGCUGUUCGCUACUAUCCCAUGAAGUGCCUCAGUUCAAGUUUGGCCAUUCCUAUCUUCGAAGCUGGUCUCAUUGCCCUCACCUUGGAACAGGUUGACCCUGUUAUUGCCACCCUUCAUUAUUACCGCGACCUUUUCAGCUUCGCAUUCGAUAAGCCUUUGGCUUCCGAUUUUUCCAGCGUGGAUGGAACCCCUUACGUCAACCCUCCCGAAGUUCGGGAGGCUGUGAAGGCUCUCAUUCUCUCUCAGGGCCAGGUUCUGGCGCAACGCGCUUUUACAGGCAUGAUGUUCACUUUCCCUGGUGACUGCUUCCCAGAUGCUUCUGGGGUUAUCAUGAACAUGUUUGAGUUGAUUCCCCAGCAAACAGGAGCUUGGAUUCAAACCACUCUACAGAUGUUGCCAGCCGGCUCCAUGAAGGCUGGUGAGGCUGAGCGGUUGCUCAAGGGCAUUUCAGACAAGGUGCAGUCUGGCGAGACGCGCAAAAUUCGUGCUUUGCUUCAAGACUUCACCAACUCCUAUCGCCGCCGCAAUGUUGCCCCCCGAGAUGGACUUGGCCGUCUUGAGGCCACUCGCUUCCGGUUCAGCGGAUGA